UCUCGUCCAGCUCUACGGUACUAAUCACCCAUCAUGGUUGGAAGUCCAUGGUCAACUCGUCGCACUUUUGAUUUUACCCGUUCCAUCCAUCACCAUCAUGUUUCAAAGUGCUCAAGUUAUCGUCCCGUCCGACCCCAACUCGAUCGUUACCGGCCGCGGCAAGUGCCUCAACUGCCAAAAGGUGUACCUCAUCCAAGCCAGUGUCUGCGCUUCCACAUACUGCUCACUCGACUGCCAAAGCAACGCCAUGUACAUGGAAACUGUCCGAGGGCACGUGAAGAGUGCGAUGCCCACCACCGACUCUGUGGACGCCUGCUGAACGGACCCUCUCUAAAUGGGCCAUCCUUGGUCGCUGGCGUUGAGUACGCAAUGGCAUGCAUAUCAUCAACCACACUUCCCAGGGAUAUGUCAAGGUCGCUCGGUCCACAAGAGGUUACGAGGAUGCGUAUUGUACUCGCCUCCUCCAUGUCGACAGCAAUGGCCCAUGCGACUUGACGAAAGCGCAGCACCCCUCGCCGCCGGCCGGCCACUGCCCAAUGGAUUAUGUGUAUUGUGUGUAGUCAUAGCGUCGUUAACUGUUAGAAAUGUACUUUGGUUUGCGGUGGCAAAUCGACCGAC